AUGCCGCGGGAACGGCCGCAGAGCUCGCGGCACUCCAAGCUGGAGAAGGCUGACAUCCUGGAGAUGACCGUCAAGCACCUGCGGAGCCUCCAGCGAGCCCAGAUGACCGCCGCACUGAGCACAGACCCCACGGUGCUGGGCAAGUACCGUGCCGGCUUCAGCGAGUGCAUGAACGAGGUGACGCGGUUCCUCUCCACCUGCGAGGGCGUCAACACUGAGGUGCGCACCCGGCUCCUGGGCCACCUGGCCAGCUGCAUGACCCAGAUCAACGCCAUGAACUACCCUGCGCCCCCCCCCCCGCCCCCGCUGCCACCAGCCGCAGCCUUUGGGCCACCCCUGGUGCCGCCGGGCAGUGGCACAGGGCCGCUCCCAGGCAUGCCCUGCAAGCCGGGCGCGGACGCAGCCAAGGUGUACGGUGGCUUCCAGCUGCUGCCAGCUUCCGAUGGGCAGUUCGCCUUCCUCAUCCCCAGCACCGCCUUUGCUCCCGGCGGUGCUGUGCUGCCCCUGUACGGCGGCCCACCCACAGCUGCCACUGCCGCCUCGCCGCCUGGCCCGCCACCCGGCACCGCCGACUCGGUCUGGAGACCCUGGUGAGGGUGGCGGGCACCGGACUGGACUGAGCACAGCACCCCGUGCUGCUGGCACGGCUGUAUAUAGGUUAUAUGUUCAUAUUGGAUUGUGCCUUUGUACCAUAGCACUCCCUCGACAGUGUUUCGUGUUUUACACGAGAUCUUUUUUCUCCCUUCCCUCCCCUUCCUUAUGUGACAC